CGCACGCCAGCGACGCGACCACACGCCUUGCUCGCCCUCCCUCUCUACACGCCUCACCUCCCAGCCCUCUCAUUCCACACACACACAUACACCAUCACCUGACGAAGUACACACCUUAGUCAAUUACCUGGUGGCUUUUGAUUGAUUUAGCCAUAUUUUGAGACAUUGAAAGACACUAAAAUAUCGGGAUUAGCGUUGAGUCCUCUUCAAAAUUUCGGGUCCUUCGUUACCUGGGUAAGCAAAGUAAUUUAAAUCACCAGGUAUAGCGACUGUGGUGUUGUGGUGGUGUGGUGGUGCACAAUGAGACAGGUGUAGGAGUGUGUGGUAAUCAAGUCAACCAGGAAACAAGGUAUGGACGACACCACCAGCAGGAGGAAGAAGAAGAUUUAAUAGCAUUGAGGAACCACCGAACGUGAAGAUCUUCCUGCACCUUCUGCCACCACCCCAGCAGGAGCCAUCACCAUGAACUUCACCCUCACCACACCCUCGAUAGGGUGCCUCGUCCUGUGCAGCCUGCUAUACCUGGCGAGAGGACAGUCACUCUUCGAAGAGGUGGACCUGACCCUAGGUGCUGGCCCUGCCAUCCCCGCCAGGUCCCAGCCUAUACGAGGAGCCCCAAUCCCUGCAUCUGCCGAACACGCAACUUCAGGAAAGUCUCUCUUCGGCGGCCCUAAGAUGUCCCUCAGUAUGAAGGAGCUUCAGGAGAAGGGAUAUCGAGAUGAGACAGCGAGGAAAGAAUUCCCGUCCUCUGGAAAUAUUCCCAGCUCUGGCAUCUACAGCGUGAUCCCAAAAAACAGGCCCAGAGUAGCGUCAGCCACCGUCUCCACUCGCCUUAGCGACAUUACACAAGGUGAAUCACUUUUCGAUGGCGUGCCAAAUGCGGGGGCCAGUAUACACGGCCAUAAUGCGAGAUAUUCUGGUGGCAGGCGGUCGAAUCCUCGUCCAACAUCCAGAGUUGCACCCGACCGCCACUCCAGCCUCUUCGACUACUCCGAAUUCGUCCUGCCAUCGUCUCAGACACAGUUCACCGACAGACGCCCUACCUAUGACCCAGUUUACGACGAUUACUCUGACUUAGACGACCCCCCUCAGCUGUCUCCUCCUACCAACGCUCACAGGUUCCGGCUGCCCUCCACCAGGAACCACAGUUCAGAGGAGGACCCAGACCAAGACACCACCUCAAAAGCUCUUCAACUGUUGAUCCUCUAUGCUGAACAACUGGCCACCGCCCUCAACACUACCACACAGCGCCCCUCAUCCUCCACCUCUUCCACCACCUCCUCUUCCACCACCUCCUCUUCCACCACCUCCUCUUCCACCACCGCCUCUUCCACCACCGCCUCUCCCACCACCACCUCCUCCUUUCGCGAAGAACAGGGAGACUUACAGCUCGCCCUUGAAACCUUAACAAGUCAGAAUACUAAACGUCUGAGCCUUUCUGAAGAAGGAAAUAUCGAUUUCUUUUCUCUGUAUAAUGAAAAUAAUCUCUCUGAACUGUCAAAACUUUUAGAUACAACUGACGGUAAGAGUAAAGAGGGACCCUUCUCUACUGAUAAAGACUUAGAUGAAAAGACCAUAGCUGACAUAAGAAGACGUAGACUGGAAGACUUAAGACUAGCCUUGGAGAUUAUCACAGCGUUUGAAAAUCCGGAAUUGGGAGAUGAUAAAGAUGACGACGAAUUUGAAUUGAAGUUGGCUAAAUCUAUUUAUAAUGAGCAAAUAAGAUCACUAUCAGAACUUAACAGGAAGCAGAGAGACACAGUACACUCCCUCAUGACAAUGGUAAAAGGCUCCAAAUCACGUCACCCAAAUUCUUAUAUCUUUCCUCCCGUUAAAGACCCUCGGCCUCCCCAAACUCCACCUCUCACGAUUAGAUACAACCCACCAACCCAGAGUCUAGCACUAGCUAACCCUCCACCAGCCCCACCACCUAGCCCACCGGGUAUUCCACCACCACCUGGCCUACCGGGUAUCCCACCACCACCGAGCCCACCGGGUAUUCCACCACUACCUGCCCCACCUGUUCCCCCCUCACCAGUUCCUUCUAUAACAUCUCCAACCAAUAAUUACCUUCCCCCAGAUGAUAAUGGGGCCUCCUUGUUAGCCCGGGAUCCUGUACUUCAGCAGGGGCUCGCGUUCACCAUCUCUCAAGCAGAACUGUUCCGUCUCCGGGCCCCACAGUCACCGAGUAACCUUCCACAGAUAGCGAACACCGCAGCAAACUUACAAACUACGUACGGCCUCCCCAACAGAAACACCGCCCCUGCUACUACUCCCCAGCCUCCUCCAGUAUUGUAUAUUGCUGUGCCUGCUGCCCCACGCCUCCAGGCAAACCCCCCAGCGAUCCCACCCCCUACAACCACUACAACCACCACGACACACAGACCCUCAAGGGAGUACCUGCCUCCCAGAGCUGAGGAAGUACAGCCCCUAAAUUCUUACUACAGACCUCCCGACGGGUUCCUGCCUCUCGAGGGCACCGGUAGCCGGGAUAACCCCAACAAAUGGCAGCCCAUCACAGCACCCAGAGACUCAACACAUCCCGCGAGUGAUUCUCUGAACAACCCGACCGACUCACGUCCAGAUAAUGCCAGCGACAAGUCUAAGGGCAACGCUUACUAUUACCAUUAUCAUUAUCACUUCGCCGGGGAGAAUGACGGGCAGUCACACCCAGGGAUCAAGGAGAGUUCUGACAGUAAGGACCAUAAUUACGAGUCGUCAGGGUGCACAGCCGGGAAUGCUUGCGACGAUCAAACACAAGCAGAUCAUUCCCAUUCCAGUGAGAGAGACGGAAAGGAUGUUCAGAGGAGUCCAACCCAGAGAGAACCAUCAUCACGUUACUCAGCGCGAGGGUUGAGGGAACCUUCACUCGCUCCAAGUCCUCCGUCUAAUGCCAUCACCGCCCCACGGGAACAGAGUGAUCAAUCAGUCUCUUCUUAUUCUUCCCUGUCUCAAGAUCCUACCGAAGACGUACCUCAGAUUCGGUCUCCACCCUUCAGUCCACCUAGUAAAAGGUACAGGUCACCAUCUACAACACCUCCUCCAGCUAAUCAACCAAUGUAUAGAUAUGGACCCCCUCCUACAACACCUCCACCAGCUAAUCAACCAAUGUAUAGAUAUGGACCCCCUCCUACAACACCUCCACCAGCUAAUCAACCAAUGAAUCAAUAUGGACCCCCUCCUACACCUCCACCAGCUAAUCAACCAAUGAAUCAAUAUGGACCCCCUCCUACACCUCCUCCAGCUAAUCAACCAAUGUAUAGAUAUGGACCCCCUCCUACAACACCUCCACCAGCUAAUCAACCAAUGAAUCAAUAUGGACCCCCUCCUACAACACCUCCACCCGCUAAUCAACCAAUGAAUCAAUAUGGACCCCCUCCUACAACACCUCCACCAGCUAAUCAACCAAUGAAUCAAUAUGGACCCCCUCCUACACCUCCACCAGCUAAUCAACCAAUGUAUAGAUAUGGACCCCCUCCUACAACACCUCCACCAGCUAAUCCAUCAGUGAAUCAAUAUGGCGCCCCACCCGUAAGACCAGCAAAUCCACCAGCCACUCCCCCAAGUCCCCCAUCUCCUCCUCCCGCGACCCCUUCUCAAGCAUACGGUGCUCCUCAAACCCAGACACGAUUCCCUCGAUCUCCAUCAUUGUACACUCCUCGGUUACCCCCAGCCACUACCUCACGCCCGGCCAACCCUCAGCCUCCUGCUCCUCCUCCCACCACAACUCGCCCCCCCAAUGUGUACGUGUUCCCAGUUCGACCUCCUCCGCCACCCAGAAAUCCGUUCUCACUGUCGAAGAAAUCCAAGCCUCCUAAGUACUUCCGGCGGGCUCCCGUUGUGGCAGUCGGCCCAGUGCCAUUUAGACAACAAGUUGGGUUUGCGCAGCCCGUUAGUUCCACACAGAGAAGUCCUGCCCAGCAACAGCGUGAUGCACUUGAUGAACAGCGAGAUGAACUGCAACUGGAAUUAAUUCGCAAUGAACAACAGCUUCGACAAGAGCAAGAACGGCUGAAAGACCUGAAUGAUCUUCAGUUGCGCAUCAGACUUCAGGGACUACAAAGAGAACAACUCAAGAAGAAUUUAUUCAAGAGGCUCGAGAAAGAAAAGGUCUCAGACUAUAAAACAAUGUUCUACAAAGGGGCCAUGUUGCUGGGUGCCAUGUCACUUCUGCCCAUGGCUGCUGGUCGACGCAGGAGAGACGCCUCGCAAUAUACAUUUACUGACAGUCUGUUGACCAUCCCUGCCGCUCUACCUGAAGCUCUCACUCACAAGACGCUUGAAAUGUCUCCUUACCCCUCUAGCGGCAGCGUUAAUAUAUCCUUUGAGGACAUCAUCAGAGCGCUCCCUAUAACGGAACUGACCGAGCUGGAGGAAGAUAAUUUACAGGACCUCAAAUCCUGGUUACCACCGCCGCCCACCCUCCGGGAUUAUGGUUGCCUCCGUCGGUCCUUCUGCAGGCUCAUGCGGGAGCUGGAGGACACGUCGCUCUAUCACGAGUUCCUCAACCAGUACCUCCAGCUGUUCCCGGAGUGGAGGGGAGGACCAUGGGUGAGGGAGGCUCUGCAGGAGGCCCAACGAAGGGAGCACCACAACCCUCACACACCCCAACAAGAAACCUGCCACGUCUUCCCCUGUGCCUUACCGGACUAAUAACUUGACCUUGUUACUCAUUACAACCACAUGCUGGAAAAUGACAGCGACUGGAGCCUUCACGCCACACAUUGCACCGCCUAUUAGCUUGUGGGAACGUUAGGUAGUAGUACGCUAUAAUGAGUUGCAAAAGCGUGGAAAUAUCUUAGCAAAAUCCAUAAUCAUUUUUAUUGACAUUGUUAGGAUGCCAUAUUAGCUUUUUUUUUCUAUUUAUUCAUUUGUAUGUUAUUAAGUUCUAUAAAAUAAAGCGUCCUUUGUGUAUUUCAAGUUAGCUACAGUAGUAUUGGUGAAGCUUGGUGUAUUUACUAUGUUCACAGCUACGUAAAAAUAAAGUUAUGAUUAAAUGAU